CUUGAAAAAUACUCCACUUGGACAGCUGACCCCGCUCCUCUCCGGUUCUGGCUACGUGUAAUUCUUGGGGAAAAAUGGCAGAUAGAAAAAAUAAUAAUGUCCCCAACAGCAGUGCAAAUUUAUUGUUCAGCGCUGCCCCGGAGUUUAACUUCAACCUGCCGUUCAUGCCGGUGAGCCAGGCCACCGGGCCUGCGGUGCUGUCAGGAGAAGAUUCCACUGAUGUUGGAGAAGAAGACAGCUUUCUUGGUCAGACCUCUGGCAAUGCACCAGCAGCCUCCUCCACAUUCAACUACUUCUCCAGUGCCGUCACCACCUCUGACCCAUUCGCAUCUAUAGGCCAGUCACCAUAUCCCCCAUCAGCCAUGUCUGCAGCACACACAGCAACCGGACCAGUUUCUGUUCCCAAUAGCAUGAGCAUGGCUCCAACUCCGCCACCACCAUCUGCAGGCUCACAAAUAAACCCCCCUCCCCAAGUGUUCGGCGGUGCUGUUUACCAAAGCCCAGUAGGGCGUCACACUCCUCCCCCUACCACCAUGACACCGCCGCCUCCCCAAAUGCAGCCGCUGAGCCACAACCCCUACCGGCACACCCCCACCAGCAGCAGAGCCAGCCCCUACAUUCCAGCUCCGGAGAUCCUGCCGCCAACACACACACCUCAGCAGAACCCCUACUCUCUCAGCUCACCGCCUCAGAUGUCCCCCGCCCCAGGACCUUCCUUUACACCACCUCCUACCACACAUGUUCAGGGGCCUCCACCUCCAGCCACCACAGCUGGAGCUGUUGUUCCUGCAGGUCCAAUGAUGCCGUACAACUACAACAUCUAUGAACCAGUUCAGCCUCACUGGUUCUACUGCAAGCAAGUGGAGUCAAAGAGUGUCUGGUUUCCUUUGAGUAUUAUUGACUCCCUUCAGCUCGAGGAAACGUACAACUCUGUUCAACCAGACCCAGAGAACGUGAUCGUACGCACAGACGGAGGGCGCUAUGAUGUGCAACUUUAUGACCGCAUCCGCACCGCGGUGUACUGGGAGGAGGAGCCCACAGAGGUCCGACGCUGCACCUGGUUCUACAAAGGCGAUAACGACAGUCGUUUUGUUCCGUACACAGAGGAUUUCAGCGAAAAGCUGGAGACGGAAUAUAAAAAAGCUGUAUCUACAAACCAGUGGCAUCGGAGACUGGAGUUUCCAUCCGGAGAAACGAUUGUCAUGCACAAUCCAAAGGUCAUAGUGCAGUUUCAGCCUUCGUCCAUGCCAGACGAGUGGGGCACCACUCAGGACGGGCAGACGAGGCCGAGGGUGGUGAAGAGAGGGAUUGAUGAUGACCACGAUGAAGUGCCUGAUGGUGAGCUUCCCACAGUGGAUCAUCUGGUGUUCAUGGUUCACGGCAUCGGUCCUGUUUGCGACCUGAGGUUCAGAAGCAUGAUUGAGUGCGUGGAUGACUUCCGGAGUGCGUCUCUGAAGCUGCUGCACAGUCACUUUAGGAAGUCGCUGGAUGAACACGCCAUCAGCCGAGUGGAGUUCCUUCCCGUCCAGUGGCACACGGCUUUACAUGGAGAUGCCACGGGGGUGGACAGGAGGAUAAAAAAGAUCACCUUACCCAGCACCGGACGUCUGCGUCACUUUACAAAUGAGACUCUGCUAGAUGUGCUUUUCUACAACAGUCCAACUUACUGCCAGACCAUCAUGGACACCGUAGCUCUAGAGAUUAACCGGCUAUAUGCCCUGUUUAUGACGAGGAACCCCGACUACAGAGGAGGAAUAUCGGUGGCCGGACACAGCUUGGGAUCCCUGAUUCUCUACGAUCUGCUUUCCAAUCAGAAAACUGUCUCUCCUGCACCAGUGAUGCCAACCAUGCCUGCUACUAAUGGAGAUGCCAAACAGAUGAUGGCUCCUCAGUCCCAGGCAGAUAAUGCUAUUCGUCCUCCUGCUGGGGAGGAGCCGCCCAAGGAGGACGAGGAGGAGUUUGAGGAUCUCGCUGCUGUGCUGCAACAUCUGGGACUCUCUGAGUACAAGAGCACCUUUGAUCAGGAGAAGAUUGACAUUGAAUCUUUUCUCAUGUGCACAAUUGAGGACUUGAAAGAAAUGGGCAUCCCGCUGGGUCCACGAAAGAAAAUUGGCAAGUUUGUGAAAGAGCGAGUGAGCAGACAGGCUGCACGUCAAGCAGCUCAGCAGAAGAAAGCAGAAGUGAAGGAGGACAGUCAGGCUGCUGUGCCUCAGCCAGCGCCAGGAGAUCCCGCUGGUACCACCAUGAUGAAGCCACCAGUGGGCAGCACUGUGUCUUCUGUCCACUACAACUGCUUUGAAGUUGGAACUGGACAAGUUUCGGUGAUCUACCACAGUCUGGACUUUGAGCCGAUGAACUUUUUUGCCUUGGGUUCUCCAAUCGGCAUGUUCCUGACGGUCAGAGGGCUGGAGAAGAUUGAUGAGAUGUACCAGCUGCCCACAUGCAAGAGGUUCUUCAACAUCUAUCACCCGUUGGACCCGGUGGCCUACAGAAUCGAGCCCAUGAUAGUCCCAGACUUGGACCUGAAGCCGGUUUUAAUCCCACAUUACAAAGGAAGGAAGAGGCUUCAUCUUGAGCUGAAGGAGAGUCUCUCCAGAAUGGGCUCGGACCUGAAGCAGGGUUUCAUCAGCUCCCUGAGGAGCGCCUGGCAGACGCUCAACGAGUUUGCUCGGGCGCACACGUCCUCGGCGCUGCAGGCCGAGCUGGCCAUGGUGGCCAAUCAGAUCGAAGAGGAGGAGAAGCAUGUGCACGAGGAGGAUAAAAUUCUUGAGAGUCCGGAGCCACAAAGAGAAGAGCUGCCGGAGGUGAAGAUCGGGAUGUUAAACGGAGGGAAUCGGAUCGACUACGUCCUGCAGGAGAAGCCCAUCGAGAGCUUCAACGAGUAUCUGUUUGCCCUGCAGAGUCAUCUCUGCUACUGGCAGUCUGAAGACACGGCGCUCCUGCUUCUCAAGGAGAUCUACAAGACCAUGGGGACCCAUCCUGAACAGCCGACUCAUUAAUCCUCUCUCAUUCUUUCACGUUUCUAUUCAUUUUGUUUUUCUAGUUUUUAUUGGAGUUAUUUUACACAGAUGAAUCAUAUGUUUGUAUUAUGCCAUUUGUCUUCAGUUAAGGAGUUAAUAGAUUCACUUGCCAAGUUUGAUUUUAAAUUUUUCUAGCAAAUAUUCAACUGGUCAAGCUGACUGAAAAAUAGAUGCAAUAGGAGCUGUGAAUGCAGUAAAAUACCUUGUAAGUUAUUUCAUGGACAAAUCUUCACAAUAAAUCGACAUCUUGCUCA